UCUCCUGUCGUAGGCGGUAUUCAGCCUUCCUGUCGGUUAGCCGUAAUGCGAACUACUGGAUUUAACCAGCCGGCGGGCCCUUCUGUAGCUUCAGCCUCAUCCUACGCUUCAUCCAACACCACAGCUGCUUUUGGCAUUGGGAAGCGCUACUUGCUUGUAGGCGGCUCUUCUCUCAUACCUUCGCCCACUACUGCCGCAUUUGGCAGUCUUGAAGGCUCCGAGUCGAUCGAGCUCUCUAUGACCGGUACAAAGCCGCCGGUCUUUGGUAUUGACACUUCUGGACCUCAUCUUGUUGCCUCCCAGCUCCCCCAGAUUGUUUCCACUAAGCAUUCUGGUGAUAUGGACUUAGAUAGUGGCUUUUCAAAUAUCGUCCUGCCCGGAGGACUUAUUUCUUGUUCAGCUAGUAAUUCUGAGUCUUUUUUGGAUGGUCAUCAUCUAGCUUCUAGCAUUACAUCUCCUAACAAAGUCCAUAUUAGCCUGACCGCCGCAACUGGCAUUCCUACUACCCUUCGAAAUACUAGCUCUCCCUCUAGUCCUGGACAGGUACAGCUGCACUGUGAUCAAACUGAUCUACUAGUAUAUUCAUCUUCAACUCAUGCUGUUCGUUCUGCCCCAACUGAUCGCGAUCCUCUGGGCGAUGAGGAGGCAACUCGAGCCGGUUGUGUUCUCUUACAGGCAGCAGCGGUAGCUGUCGGCGCCUCGCAGACUAGCGAACCUGAUCCUGAGGCGAGCAAUUCCACGACAGAACCAAUAACAAAGGGGACACAGGCCACUCCAGUUGCCUCUUGA